AUGAUCUACACCGAUGACUGCUGUUGUUGCAUUGAAUUGAGAUGCGGUUGCAUCAUCAUAGCCAUUAUUGAAGUUCUCCUGCGCGGCGCGGAUCGUUACUUUGUAGAUCGGGAUACCUGGCUUGGUUUUGCAUCUCUGAUCAUUAGCGGAAUAUAUGUAAUUUGUUGCGUACUCAUGCUUCUUGGUGUCCUGUUGACUGUUUCCCUUCUUCUUUUACCUUAUUUAUUGGUGGCCUUGUUGCGGACGAUUAUUAUAAUAUGGGAAUGCAGUAACAUGGCAAUGGAUGGCAUUAUAUAUAAUUAUAUCAUAUUUGAUUUAAUUCAAACCGUACUGGGAGUGUACUUUUGCCUGGUAGUUUAUUCCUACUAUUCGCGGUUGUCUGACUCGGAAGCGUCCUGAAUGUUUCCAAAAGAAGGAAAUAUAUGUUUAUAUUCGAGUAUAAGUUUUCAUUUUCUGAAUAAAAUUAACACAAAUUUUUGCUUUGAACAU